AUGUCGCCUCAGAUUCCUAUCGUCGUCGGCGUUGGCGACUUCGUCAACCGUUCAACCUCCGUCGCCGAUGCACAAGAGCCAUUGACACUUAUUCUCAACUCCAUUGCCAUCGCGCUGGAAGACACCGGUCUCGCCCAAGACAAGAGACAGCAACUCCAAUCUGCCAUCGACAGCAUCGAGGUAGUCCGCACAUGGACUUGGCCAUAUGACGACCUACCGGGUGAUAUUGGCCGAAGACUAGGGGUCGAUGCACGGCAUAGAUUCUACAGUGACCACGGUGGCAAUAAGCCCGCCAAAUUGUUCGAUCAGGCAGCGAGGAGGAUUUCAGCCGGGCAGACGAAGGUCGCAGUCGUUACUGGUGGAGAGGCUUUGGCAUCGUUGACCGCGUGUGCUGCUACCAAAAAGUUGCCACCGCCAGGAUGGACCAAGACGAGGGAAAGAGUUGAUACUCCUUUUACUCCAACACGCAGAGAUCUGGGGAAAGAUAUUGGCGCGAUUCACUCAAUAGGAGCCCCCAUCCACAUUUAUCCACUCUUCGAGAACGCUUUCCGUGCGCACCGGGGCCAAUCAAUAGCGGAAAACCAUGACGAGUCGGCGCAGCUGUACGCCGAAUUCGCCCAGGUGGCAGAGAAACAGCCUUACGCUUGGAAUUACGGCAAGCCGGCAGCCACGAAGGAGGUCAUCGGGACGGUCACUAAGCGCAACCGCAUGAUUUGCUUCCCUUAUCCACUCCUUAUGAAUGCAUUCAACACCAUCAAUCUGGCUGGUGCAUGUAUUUUGACAUCGACGGUGUAUGCCGAAGAACUGGGCAUUCCAAAGGAAAAGUGGAUAUACGCCCUCGGCGGCGCCGGGACGCAGGAUAGCAAUCAUUUUUGGGAACGACCAAACUAUUUUACGAGUCCGUCAAUCGAACGUUCCAUCGAUGCAGCUCUACGUGUAUCGGGUCUCACCAAGGAAGACAUCGACCUUUUCGACUUCUAUUCAUGUUUCCCAAUCGUCCCGAAAAUAGCCGCUUCACAUCUGAACCUGCCGAUAACGCAUGGGACGAAACCGAUAACUCUCCUCGGAGGGCUGACCAGCUUCGGAGGUGCAGGGAACAACUACUCCAUGCAUGCAAUAACAGAAAUGACACGGCAAUUGCGCAAAGGGAAAGGUCGACACGGCCUAAUCCUUGCGAACGGCGGUGUCAUGACCUACCAGCAUGUGCUAUGCCUAUCGACGACGCGUCGGCGAGGCGGGUUUCCAUACCCUGACAGAGACCCGUUGCCGGAGUUUGUGACCGACCUUCCCGUCCCCAAGGUCGAUGCAAAGGUCGAAGGAGAACACGAAGCUGUUAUAGAGACAUACACGGUUGAAUUCAAUCGCGACAACACGCCCCUUCGAGCAUACAUCGUCGGCAGGCUGAAGAGCACCGAUCACCGGUUCAUCGCCAAUCACGCCGACGAGGAGACGUUAGAGCAGCUUUCGUCCGGACCGGACGAGAAGAUCGGAAGGACGGGCCGGGUCCGUAAUGAUGGGAAGAGGAACCUGUUCACGCUGAAGAAGGAGACAUUGGGAAAGUUGUAG